GUGCUGCUAGUGGAUAACAGCUGUAAACCUUGUCUAUAGAUAGAGUAUUAAACAAUACUAGCUGGGAUAUGCAGAAUUUAUCAUUGCUUAGAAUGUUUCCCGAUGAUGUUGGAUCAGAGGAUUAAUUGAUCGAGAGAUAUCCGACAAUAAAUUGAAAGGCAGUUAAUGAUAUGGGGAGAUACCAAUAAGAUAAUUUAACGUUAAGUGAUCGGAUAUUAAAUUAAUUAUAUGUCAUUAUUCUGACAAAUGAAACUCAUUCCUUUAUGAACAAGAAUCUACUAUAUAAACGUCACAAGUAACUCAAGUCAACAUAUAUGAUUUAAAACGUCAGAAGAAAAGAACGUUGUGAUAUCGUUUUUGCGUUCACUUUUUUCGAAUAUUCGAUGAAUUUCAAGUCUGUGUCCGACUCGUUUUUUAUAAAAAAACAAAUAGUUGACAAAAACUUACAAUUGAUUAGAACCAAUCAGAUAUAAAUAUAUUGGAACUUGUGAAUAAAUGUAAAUUUAGUAAAUCUUAAAAGAGAAAAUAGUUUAGAAUAUUCUCACACAGGUAAGGAGUUUGCUUUCAGUUUCAAUCGAAUAUGCACAAUAUAUAAACAUAAUAAGGAUUUAUUUUGAUGCAGAUCAUGCAUGUUGUGUUUACAUGACAUUAGUUAAUUAAUUAUUUUCAAAUUAAAUUGUGUUGAAUAAUUCAAGAGAAUAAAGGAAACGGCAUUGCCUGAAAUACAUUAGAUUAUAACAAUACCAAAUAACCACGUCGAAUUGAGAAUAUUAGUUUCCGUAAAUUGUUUUAGUGUGACUAAACGAGCCGACAUAUUGUGUUGGAUACAUCCUCUUACAUAGAAAUGGCAAAUAUUUCCGGAAAUGAAACCUCUAAUAACAGUUAUCUCUUCCCUGAUUAUAUUCCUAAUUCUAGGCAGCAAGGCAGUGAGGUUCAAGAAAAGUACAUUCUUCCACUUUUCCUCUUAGUUGGAACCUUUGCUAAUGUUAGCACUCUGAUUAUAUUUUGCAGGGGAAAACAAACGCGAAUAUCAGUAAGUAUUUACAUGAGUGCGUAUUGUAUCGGAAACCUCACAACAUUAUUUUUUCUGUAUGGCAUGCAUCUCCUUACAACUGUUAGUGCUUUUCCUGAAUUGUCAAACUUGAAUAGCUCUGUUUGCUCGAUACUAGCUUUUAUACAUAAAGUGGUCCAGUAUAGCUCAGUAUGGUUUGUAGUUGGAAUGACUAUAGAUAGAUACAUUGCAGUAUGUCAUCCUUCAAGUGCUUUAACAAUGUGUACGGUCUUCAUGGCGAAGGUUGCAGUGGGUAUUAUCUUGAUUGGUUUAGUUGUGACCAGUGUACAUGCUAUGUGGGUUUAUGAUAUAAAUCAUAAAACUGGUAUAUGUGACAUGUUUGCACCGGAAGGUAAUCUCCAAAUCGUACAUCUGAAAAUUUGGAACAUUCUGUCAGCAGCAGCAUAUGUAUACUUGCCCCUUAUCAUUUUACUGAUUCUCAACACACUGCUAACAUGUGGAUUGUGUUUUCAACAUAGUUCGUCAUCAACAUCAACACAGGAUAACGGUUCAACAGAAUAUACCAAUGCUGUCGUAGCAAUAUCAAUGCUUUAUUUUGCUUUAGUUUUACCAGUCACAUUGUACAAUAUCGUAAUGAUAUCUUCCGGUAUACAAAUGACUGCCGAUAUGUACAAUACAUUAGUGAUAUUUGACCAUAUGCAAGGCAUAAACUUAGUAAACGUGUUCUUUGUUUGUGUCUUAUUCUCACGUUCGUUUCGACAAGAAAUUCAAAAUAUAUAUAGACUUAUUAGAGAGAAACGUAAGCAAACGUUAGAAAUGAAUAGAUUAUCAAAUAAAGCCUUAAUAACAAACGAAACUACCACUACCACCGUGAACGAGGAGGAUACAUUAAUAUAAAAAACAAGAUGGGAAACAAGUAACUCUUUCGGAACACAUGAGAUUACUUCAGAACACUGAACACAGUAGGAUAAUUGAUAGUUGGAAACAACAAGAAAAACGUGAAACUUGUAUAUGUUUCAUAUGUGAGAAUGUAUGCCUUUCAAUAAAAUGAUUAAUUAA